ACAAUAUUAGUAGGCGAGUGAUUAAUGCUCUUCCCUCGUUACUUAUAAACAAUCGCUCCCAGUCGCAUGCAGAUGUUAACACAAAACUUGUAAACAUUCAGUCAAUCUCGGAGCGCCGGUGCUGUACCACGUUUAUUUUCGUACCCCACUGCCGAUCGAUCGCCGGGAAAUAUUCUAAGAAAUAAAAUAAAUCGUUGCGAAACAAAAAAUAAAUCCCAAGAUUUAUACAGUCUCUAGGCUAUAACAAUGAUUUAAAGAUGGAAGUGGAUCGGAUUUUUUACAUUUUCGGCAGCUUCUCCCGGAAGAAGGACCGAGCGAAGGCGUUGGAGCCCUCUUCUCUCAGCGCCGGCAGCAGUCCGUUGAAGCUUCCGCGGAGUAGGCCGACCAGCCAGAAUGCGCUGGUGCGGAGGUCCUUCGAGUCCAAAGGGCUGAAGGACUGGGAGUGCGGGCUGUGCAGGGGCGAGCUGGUGGAGCCGAGGCUGCUGGGCUGCCUCCACAGCUUCUGCACGAGGUGCCUGUUCGGCCUCCACCAUGACGACCAAAAUGAAUGGGAGGAAGCUGAUAGAGACUCUGUACAUCACUACAUCCCCGGUUCGGCAUUCGGCGCGUCCGCGGGCUCCGGGUACGAGAGCGACCUGCGCGUCUCCGAGUCCGACGCCAGCCUCGAGCUGAGGCAGCUCAAGUACGGCAUCAUCACUAAAAAGGUGUCAGGUAAAACAUGCAGUUUUAUCGUGUGUCCCACGUGCGGAUGGGAGACGGCGCUGCCGCUGGGCGGAGUGUCCGCGCUGCCGCUCAACUAUGUGCUGCUGCGGCGGCUGGCUACGCGCGGGGAACAGCAGGUGCUGUGCGACAUGUGCUGCGGCGAUAACACGGCGGAGACCCGGUGUAACCAGUGCCUGGUGAGCGUGUGCGCAUCAUGCGGUGAGGCGCACAGCAAACAGAAGGGCAACGCACGGCACUUCCUGCAGCCGCUGCAGCCGCUGGCCCGGUUCUGCGGGCAACAUCCCAAGCAGGAGCUCACGCUGUACUGCGCCACGUGUCAGAUGGUGAUAUGCCGCGACUGCUGCGUGGUAUCGCACGCGGGUCACGCGGCAGGCAGCGCAGCGCGCGCGGCGGCGGAGCGGGCCAAGCGACUGCGCGACGCGUGCGAGCGCGCCAAGCACGUGCCCGAGAACGUCGAGCGAGCCAACAGGAUACUGGAGGUGCACGCUAUGGAGGUUGAUACGCAAGCGGCCCGAGUGGAGGGCGAAAUCCGCGCGUGGUCGGAGCAGUACCGGCGCGCGGUGGAGGCGCACGGGCGCGGGCUGUGCGCGGCGGCGGUGCGGGCCCGAGCCAACUUCCGCGACCGCCUCGCCGACCGCACCCGGGAGCUGGAGGAGAGAGCUGACCAGGCGGUCGAAGCUGUGAGGUUCGCUGAGGAGCUGCUAUCAGAGGGCAAGGAGGAGGAGAUCCUGUCCCUGAGCGGCUGCGUGCUGCGGCGGCUGGAGCGGUUGACAGAGCUGCACGCCGCGGCGCCGCGCUGCGAGCUGAAGUUCGCACCGACAGCGCCCGCGCAGCACGACCCGCUGCUCAUGGGCAGACUGUUCACACUCACGCCUGACCCGGACCAGUGCGUGCUCGAUACGGAGGGUUUACAAGAUCUCAAAGUGAACACAACCCACACGGCUGUACUAGAGCUUCGGGACAGCAACGGUGACCAAAUCUGGUACAACGGAGAAAAUGUGGCGGGAUAUUUCCGUCGCAGCGACAGCAGCGCGCGGCCGGCGGCGGCGGCGGUGAGCGCGCGCGCUGACGGCACGUGCGGCGUGCGGGUCACCCCGCGCGCGCCCGGAGCGUACCUGCUCGCUGUGACGCUAGAUAAUACGCCCAUCAAGGGCAGCCCGUUCCCGUGCGCUGUGCGUCUCAGCAAGAAGCACUCGGGGCAGUUCCACUGCUGCUCGUUCUGUUCGUCCGGCGGCCGCCGCGACGCCGCCUGCGGCUGCGGCGCAGAGAUGGGCGGAGGGUAUAAAGGCUGCGGUCAUGGUCACGCGGGCUGGCCGGGCACGCGGCACUGGUCGUGUUGCGGCAGCACGCGCCGCAAGUCGCCCUGCACGCGCCCCACCACGCCGCGCCUCUACCAGUUCUCGCUAUAGAAUAUACUCGUGAUAAUAA